UUCAUAGAUAAGAGAGCUGUGCGAAACAAAGAACAAGGAGGAGGAAGAGAAGCAAAGAGUGUAUGAUUUGGGAAUGGCGAUGACAAUGGCAUUGGCAACCGCAACCGGAACAGUCGAUAUCGCCAGCAGAUGGAGCAUGGCCUCGCUGAGGUCAGCACUCCCCUCACCUUGUACUGUUUCUGCUUCUUCAACCCAUUGCGGGAAUCGUGGUCUGCGCCUCAGCCUUAGUCUCACUCAGUCUGCCCCUAAAACCCAAAAGUACUUUGGGUCGUUCACUGGUCUCUCUCCCUUCAACCCCCUCGGCCUCUCAGAGAAUACGGGGUUUGAACAUACCUUUACCAUUAUUGAUAAUGGUGGCCGGGUUUAUGCAAUGAGACAUGGAAGGAAAGUCCCUAAGCUCAACAGGCCUCCUGACCAAAGGAAAGCGCUACUUCGAGGCCUCACUACUCAGCUCCUUAAGCAUGGUCGCAUCAAGACAACUCGAGCAAGGGCUAGUGCGAUGAGGAAAUAUGUUGACAAAAUGAUCACAUUGGCCAAAGAAGGGUCUCUGCAUAAGAGGAGGCAGGCUCUUGGAUUCAUUUACGAGAAGCAGAUUGUCCAUGCCUUGUUUGCUGAAGUGCCAGAGAGAUAUGGAGAAAGAAAUGGUGGUUAUACUAGAAUUAUCAGAACACUGCCGAGGCGAGGGGACAAUGCACCCAUGGCAUACAUUGAACUUGUGUAGGUGUGAAUUUUUGUUUAAACUUUAUUCCAAAUCCUCUCUUUUUGUAAUGCUGAGAUUAUAAGAAUAGCUGUUGACUUUAUAUCUUGUAUGAAAAUGCAUUGCCAGCCUAAAUUUAUGCUC